UCCUUCUUUACAUGUGUUCAGCUGCUCCAGCUGUCGGUCUCCCCACUCACUCUCUCAGGGUCACACAGGCAGGAGUUGAAGGGACCACUUCUGUACGGGACGACCGCCGCCAGCAGCACUACACACCGGCACACAGAGGGAGACAGACUUUCCAUCCGGAAAGAUUCAUCUAUCACACACCUCGGCUGCUCCAAACAUCACAAAGUCAGCGGUCUCUCUCAUCUUUAAAGCAGCUGCUACCUGUCUCAUAGCUGUGAGCGUGUGUGUGGGUGUGUGUGUGUGUGUCUGCAUGUUGUGUUCCUGUCCCCUCUUCCUCAAAUUAGUGCAUUAGUAUGCAGGGAGCUUGUGUGUCAAUGUUGUCCGUGUGCAUAUGUGUGUCUGCGCUCCUCCACAGUGCUAUUUCACAGCCGCCCACAGAAAGUGACACCUACACGGAAUGCACAGAUGGGUAUCACUGGGACCCUCAUACAGAGCACUGCAAAGAUGUAAACGAGUGCGAGACCAUUCCAGACGCCUGCAAAGGUGAAAUGAAGUGCUUCAACCACUAUGGAGGCUACCUGUGCCUUCCCCGCUCUGCAUCAGUCAUCCCAGCCCCGGAGCCUCCCAUCACGCCAACUGUGUCCAACCCCUGCCCCCUGGGAUACGAGCCCCAGGGAGACAGCUGUGUGGACAUUGAUGAGUGUGAGCGGGACGAACAUGACUGCCAGCCCAGUCAGCAGUGUAUCAACUCACUGGGUGCCUUCACCUGUCAGUGUCCUGAUGGGUAUCGCAAGGUCGGCACAGAGUGCAUCGACAUUGAUGAGUGCAGGUACAGGUACUGCCAACAUCGCUGUGUCAAUGUGCCCGGCUCCUUCUCCUGUCAGUGCGAGCCUGGAUUCCAGCUGGCAGGAAAUAACAGAUCUUGCAUUGAUGUGAAUGAAUGUGACAUGGGUGCCCCCUGCUCUCAAAGGUGUUACAACACAUAUGGCACCUUCCUCUGUCGCUGUGAUCAGGGCUAUGAGCUGGGGCCUGAUGGCUUUGCUUGUAACGAUAUCGAUGAGUGCAGCUACUCCAGCUACCUGUGCCAGUACCAGUGUGUCAAUGAGCCUGGGAAGUUCUCCUGUGUGUGCCCUGAAGGAUACCAGCUGCUGGGCACCAGACUCUGCCAAGAUAUAAAUGAAUGUGAAACAGGCGAGCAUCAGUGCACAGACACACAGACCUGUGUGAAUAUCCACGGACGGUACCAGUGUGUGGACGCAAACCGCUGCCAGGAUCCUUAUGUACAAGUGUCUGAGAACCGCUGUGUGUGUCCAGUUCACAAACCUGCCUGUCGGGAACUGCCAUUCUCCAUCGUCCACCGGUACAUGAGCAUCACCUCUGAGCGCUCAGUCCCCUCAGACAUCUUCCAGAUUCAGGCCACCAGUGUCUCUCCUGGAGCUUACAACACCUUCCGCAUCCGCUCGGGUGACGACAACGGAGACUUCUACAUCAGACAAAUCAAUAACAUCAGUGCCAUGCUGGUGCUGGCUCGUGCCGUGUCCGGGCCCAGAGAGUACACGUUGGACCUGGAGAUGGUGUCAGUUAACCCUCUGCUCAGCUACCAGUCUAGCUCCGCCCUCAGACUCUCCAUCUAUGUUGGGCCGUACGCCUUUUAAAGAAGAAGAAGAAGAGUGGAGGGACACAGGGACAGAGAGAGCUGGGGAGAAACAAAGAUGCAAACAAAGGAAAAUGAAGCUUUAAAACAAAAUGCACUGUGAUGUUACACUCAUUGCUUUUUGUAUUACCAAAGAAAGCCACACUUUUCUGUCAGCCAAUCAUAUUAUGUUAAAGAAUAUGCACACAGUCAAUGCACAGACAUUGAAAGAAAAAAACAGCCUUAAAACAGUUUGUAAUGUGUUCCUUUGAGUUUAAUGUGUCAGUAUUUUAUUAGGAUGUUGUGUUUUGUUAUCUGCCAGCUUCAUUCUGGUGUCAGUGUGUAUAAAAUAAGAAUGGUCUUCACUUCUCCUCUGCUCUGGGUGAUAUGAAAUGUGUUCUACAUAUUUUAAUGUCUGCCUUCAGGUGGAGUGAUUCAUGCCCAGUGUCACUUCAUUAAUCUGCUUUCAUCAGUUUACACUCUUCUCUAUCUAUCGCCCCCCGCCCGGUUUCCUGUACAGUAACCACUCUGAUCAGACCUCAGCCUCCACGCUUCUCCUUCACCCUCCACUGUUCAUGUCUUUGUUUGAGCUCUCUACCACCGCCUUGUGUAGGUUUGUCACAUUGCUGAUUGUGUUGUUUUUUUUAAGAUUUAAGAUUGAAACCAAAAUAAAACAAUAUACCUUGA